CUAUGAAGAAACAAUCGAGCAAACCUGUAUCUUCAGCAGGCUGCUUGUAUAUGGAUUGUAUCCAACAAGAUCGGCAUACAUCCAUCCCCGAUGUUGCGAUUGCCAUCUCUCGCUCGCAACUUUACACACCAGAAGGCUGAGUAUGAGAAUGAGACUUGUCAGGUCCCAGACCCUCCGCAGCCACCCGCCAGGCAAAAUGACAAAAAUUUCACGGCUCUUCUUUCGCUUGCUGAAUUCCGCGCUCACACCCUCUGCCAGCUCUUUCGCUCGAACCGCAACUCUCUGAACAUUGUACUUCACCCGAUGGAUGCCGAUCCCCGGCGACUCGGGGCACGAAAAUCUAGUGAUAAACCGGCACAACGAAGAACUUGGCCAUAUUCUCCUUUCGCCCCAUGCAAGACCCCACACUCCAGCUACUACAUCACUGUCCAUACUCUCAUCCUCGCAGUUGUCCAGCUCGACCGUUUCCUCAUUGGAAAACUCAAUUUCUGUGUUGUCAACCGCAUCAGAGUCCAUCAGGGGACCAUCGGGGCCAUGUUCAGCGAAGCUGCUACUUACUGACGAGGACACCGAGCACGAGCUACACGACUUGCUCCUCGGACCAUCGACACAAAUCGCAUCCUCCUCACAUUCAAGGUCUGAACAAGGAUACAAAGGCGACCGAUCAACCACGUUCUCUCGUGGACCUUGCCCGGGGCUCUCAAACCAAUGCCUCCUGGUCAGACCGUUCGGGCUGGUCGAUCCAUCAUGUUUCCC